AUGUCUUUGUCUCAGUCGACACUUACUAGCUUUUUAAAGAGGUCAGCACCGGAAACACAUGAUGCAGAUGAUGGUACUAGCAAUGUUGUUCAUUCCAAAAAGAAAAAAAGCGAAGAUAACAAGAAAAAGUAUGAAACGAAGCGCAUAAGAAAGUUUCAACCAGCGUGGCAGAAAGAGUUCGAUUGGGUUGUUUAUCAAGAAGAAACAAACAAAAUGUACUGCUCAACUUGUAGAAAGUAUGCUGAAUUAGCUGACAAAAGCAGCCCAAUGUACAUUGGAUGUGGAUGGAGUUCAAGGAUUCAGAAGAGAAACUUUAACAGCCCAUUCAAAAAGUCGCCGCCAUGUUGUUUGUCAUACAAGAUUGUUGAAUGACCAGAAACCUGAAAAUAGGCCAUUGCAAACAAUUGUCUCGUGAAUUAGCCAGGAAUCACAAGCAAGGCUUGAAAAACUGUUUAAUACCGCCCACUAUAUCGCGAAGGAAAAUCUUGCCUUUCAAAAAUAUGCAAGUCUUUGUGACCUUCAGGCAAAAAAUCAGGUUCACCUGGGACCUAAUUACAGAAAUCCUAAAGUCUGUAAAACAUUUGUUUCUGCCAUAGCAGAUACUGAACGGAACAAAAUUAGGAACGAGCUGCAAGGAGCAAGGUUCUUUUCAGUCCUGGCAGAUGGGAGCACAGAUUCCGGGAUCAUCGAGCAAGAGUCUGUUUUUGUGA